AAAACAAGCGGGGCCUGGCACCAAAGAUGGGAGCCAGGAACAAAACACAUGCGCACAGGUUUCAGCACCCUUUUCCUAUUUUCUAACAAAAAGGGGGCAGAUAGCUUUUGUGAAACAGAAUUAAUGAUCAGACUUAAGUAUUAGUGAAUAUGUGACUUGCAGAGUGAUGGGUCAUGGAACUAUGCAGCCAUUGCUGACACCACAACAGAAGUGACAGCAAGGAGACAAGAUGGAAAGAGGAGAGGUGCGGCCGAGCGAGAGAAAUAAGGCGAUGAUCAGAGAGAGCUGGGAGAGGCUGGGCAAGGACAAGCUUCCACAUGGAACUGUCAUGUUCACCAGAUUGUUUGAGUUGGACCCAGCGCUUCUCCAGCUUUUUCAGUAUAAUACCAGUUCCAGCAGUCCCCAGGAGUGCCUGUCCAGUCCUGAGUUCACAGAACAUAUUAACAAGGUGAUGCAAGUGAUUGACACUGCUGUUACCCACCUGGAUGAGCUCGACUCCCUGAACGAGUACCUGGCAGGCUUAGGAAGGCGGCACCAGGCUGUUGGGGUUAAAACAAACUCAUUCACUAUGGUCGGCGAGUCGUUCCUCUACAUGCUUGAAUGUGGACUAGAAACGGCCUACACCUCAGAAAUCCGGGACGCCUGGGUUCAACUCUAUUCGUUGGUGGUGGAAGCAAUGAGCAGAGGCUGGUCUAGUAAUGGAGGAAGCAACAGCAAGUGAAAGAAGGUCUGUCUCAAAGCUGCAGGCCACAGUGACAGAGGUUGAUGAAUGAGAUUAUGACAAGUAGACGUUGGACGUAUUUUAAUCCUCACAGUUAAAGGUGCUGUUUGGGUGGGGUUUUAGUGUUGUUAUGCUUCAGGCCCUGGGCUCUUACUGUCUCAAACAUGACUUUCAAAUCUUGGUGGAAGAUCUGUCUUUUUUCUCUUCAAUUCAAAUCCAGUUUUGUCUUGAAUUAUUCCAUCUGUUGUUUGUGCUCAUUUGUUUAUUUCUUCAUACUGCACAAGGGAUGCUCUGUGCUGCACAUGGAGAAGUCUUGUUUUUUGUACUAAUACAUCUUAAUAAACUUAAACCCACCUAAUCCAAUUGAGGAUCGCAAGGAGCUGGAGAUUGUCCUGACUACACCAGCACAGGACAGGAGCCGACCCUGAUUGGGGUGCCAGUUCAUUAAAGAAGCUUCUUUUCAAUUCCAAAUUAAUGUAUAAAGCAUUAUGUGAUGGUGCCAGUUAUAGAAGGCUUUAUAUAAAAAUGUAUAGCUUUGCAUAUAUGUACAGUAUGUAUGGAGAAACAAUCAGUAAUUACUGUCAAGUGCACCAAAACCUUGCUUAUUUAUUCUGUGUUGCAUUGU